AUGGACGAUUCCAUUGAUGAGGAGGUGAUUUCGGGUGGCUCUACCGUUACCGUCGAGUUCAGUGGUGGAGCGGAAACACUUUUCGGUGGUGUGAAGGAACACAUCGUACCGUUGGAUGGAUCAAAAAUAGUAUUGCUCGAGGAGAUGCUCCGAUGGUUGCGAGACAACCUGCUGACCGGUGAUGCGAAUUUGUUCCUCCAGGAUAAUAGCGUCCGGCCCGGCAUCCUGGUCAUGAUCAACGAUACCGACUGGGACCUGAUGGGUGAAACCGAAUACAUCCUUCAGCCUGGCGAUCAUAUUCUCUUCAUUUCCACCCUCCAUGGCGGAUAA